AUGGCAUCCCCAAGGCUGGAGACGUUCUGCUGCCCAAACCGAGACGCAUCGACCGAAUUUGUCAUUACUUUUCAGCCCCUCUUCUUUGGCGCCAUUUGCAUCGGUAGCGCAAGUUUAAGUUUGAUAUUUUCUAUUUUACAAAUUUUGCCCAAACGUAGGGGUUACAGGCGCCUUGGACAGUACCCUCUUCCCAAACCAGCGUCUUCGUCGAGAAUAUUGUUUAUCAUCAGCAUAUGUGAUAUACUGGGAUGUGCAGGUAUCAUAGUGAGGUCAUCCAUCUGGCUGGGCCUGCCCAACCUUGUCAUAGGGAUCAAUGUGGCCAACAACAGCGACAUGUGGCCAGAGGUGUUCUGUGUCGGCAGUGCAAUGUGGAUCCAGCUGUUCUUCAGUGCAUCUUUCUGGUGGACCUUCUGUUACGCUGUGGACGUCUUCCUGGUGGUCAGAAGAUCUGCAGGAAUCAGUACCAUCAUCCUCUAUCACAUGAUCACAUGGGGUCUGGCUGUGUUGCUGUGUGUGGAGGGUGUGGCUAUGCUCUACUACCCAUCCAUCUCCAGCUGUGAAAAUGGCCUGCAGCAUGCCAUUCCUCACUACAUUACUACCUACGCUCCUCUAAUGCUGGUGCUUAUAGUCAACCCUACACUGUUCGCCAGGACUGUGUCUGCAGUGACAGCAUUAUUGAAGGGACGACAAGGGAUCUACACAGAAAACGAGAGACGCCUGGGAACAGAGAUAAAAAUGCGCUUCUUCAAAAUCAUGCUGGUCUUCUUUAUUUGCUGGCUUCCCAACAUCAUCAAUGAGAGCCUGCUGUUUUACCUGGAGAUGCAGACGGACAUAAAACCCAGUGACCUGAAAAAUAUACGAAACACAGCCAUCAUCACUUGGUUUAUCAUGGGGAUCCUGAACCCCAUGUCAGGCUUCCUAAACACGUUGGCCUUCCAUGGCUGGACGGGCUUUGACGUGGACUGCAGCCUGCAGAGGAGAAGGGAGCUGGCCUGGGAUUCAGCCUCCACCUCGGCAGCUAACGUGGGGGGCUACAACCCCAUCGUGGGCUCCACCCUGCUCUACCAGAGCCACGUCCAGGAAGCCAAGAACAUGACUGGCAAGAACAUCAAGGGCAAUGGGCAGCCAGCCUCCGACGCCAUCAGCGUCCUAUCAGAAGGUUCAGAGUCUAGUACAAUUGAAAUCGACAUUUCCACUGAGCACCAAGACUAUGAGGAUAUAGACGCAGAUGGAGAAUCAUUGGGGAGUUCUGCAAGGCACUAGCU